AAGUUGGGGGAAUACAUCGUCAUUAGGAGUCUUGGUGAAGGGACGUUUGGAAAAGUUAAACUUGCCGUCCAUACGCUCUCAGGACAGAAGGUCGCCUUGAAACAUAUUAAUAAAGGGAGCAUUAAUGCGUACAAGGUUCGAACUCGAGUGAAGCGUGAAAUCGAAUACCUUAAGCUCCUAAAACAUCCACAUAUAAUUAAACUAUAUGAAGUUAUAGAUACGCCUAGGGAAGUCAUAAUGGUUAUGGAGUAUGCUGGAGGAGAAUUGUUCAAUUAUAUUGUUGAUAAUGGACGUUUGUCCGAGUCGGCGGCGCGCAAGUUCUUCCAGCAAAUCGCGUACUGCCUUGCGUACUCACAUGCACAUCGGAUCGUCCAUCGGGAUAUUAAGCCGGAGAACGUCCUUUUGGAUGAGAAUCUCAAUGUGAAGCUUGCAGAUUUUGGGUUGUCAAAUGAGAUAACAGAUGGGAACUGGUUAUCGACGAGUUGUGGGAGUCCGAAUUAUGCUGCUCCGGAAGUUAUAUCGGGGCAAUUGUAUGCUGGUCCUGAGAUUGAUGUUUGGUCAUUAGGAGUCAUAUUGUACGUCAUGGUGUGUGGGAGGUUACCGUUCGAGGAUGAGCACGUUCCUACGCUCUUCCAGAAGAUCUCUGCUGGCCUCUUUCACAAGCCAUCACAUCUUUCACCCGAAGUGGCCCACUUGAUCGAAAAGAUGCUGCAAACGAAUCCACUCAAGCGGUUCACAAUCCCGGACGUUUUAUCCCAUCCGUGGGUUGCGAAGGAUACGCCCCUUUACCUUCGGGAAAUCUAUGCGCAACAACCACUGGCACAUUCCACUAUAGACUCGCUCACGUCGUUGCUGACACCACCGAAUGCGGGGGACGACGAUCCGCCUGCGGAUUUCUACCCGGGGAUAGGGAAGAAACUGGAUAUGAGAGUGUUUGGAGAGUUGCAAGCAGCGUUGGGUGUCGAGCCUGCUAUUAUUAGCUCGGCGUUGGCUGCGUUCGAGGAUAAUUGUGUCAAGGUUGCGUAUCAGCUUUUUGCGGAUCGGAAGGUGGGGAGGACGUUGGAUCCUAUUCAAGAACAAGAUGAUUCGAAUCCUUCGGCAUCGUCAUCAGCAAGGCCGAUCGCUAUACCGCCGUCGCGGGUGAGUAAUCGGGGACCUGGGGACUAUGGGUCACCACCACAUCCAGCCGAAGACGAAACAGAAGACGAUGAAGACGAUGACGGAUUCGACGAAACUAUCAAUUGGAAUUCGGCACAUGACAUUCGGCUGUUGGACACAAGCAUGGUAGGGGCGGCUCUUGCCGAUCAUCAUCUGGCAUCGUAUGCCAAUAUGCGGAAUGCCUCAAAAGGUCGGGCUUCCAAGUGGCAUUUUGGUAUUAGGUCCAGUAGUCCGCCUAUGGAAGUCAUGUUGGAGCUUUAUAGGACGUUGGAAGUGCUUGGAUUGGAAUGGAGGGAGAAGCAAGGGGAUGAUGGAGGUCGGGGUGGUGCUGGUGCGGGGAGGUCAAAGUCUCUGCCAGAUGAUUCGAAUGCGAGCGACAGCUACGAUCAACAGACGAAAGAUGAUAUGGAUAUUUAUUUUAUUGAGUGUCGGUGGAGGGUUAGGAAUGUCGUGCUGAUAUUUGACCUCCAACUAUACCAGGUGGAUUCAAUGAACUAUCUGGUCGAUUUCAGAGAUCUUGGAUACUACCGUGCACGAUCCACAGAUCCGGAUGGUCCAGAUGGGUACGAGCCUGCGGACCGUCCGGACAUCCCUCGAGACGAGAAAAAUGGCGAUUUCCAAAAUCCGUUGAUAUUCUUAGAGUGUGCCUGCCGACUGAUAUUAGAGCUUGCGGGAGGUUCGGGGUAA